GUGUUGGUGAAAGUGUGAAACUCAGCUGUAAUUCCCCUGAGAAACAGCAGUCCAUCAAACACAUCUGUAAAGAGAACGAGCAGAAGAUCUGUCAGAGCAUCAGUUCAUCAGAGAAGCAGCGCUUUGAGUUUUCUGACAGUACAGCAGGAGUUUUUACAGCGAUCAUCAGUAAUGUGAGCCUGAGAGAUGCUGGAGUUUACUGGUGUGGAGCAGAAACCAGACACCAGCAUCUGACUUCUGUUUCUCUCACCAAUAAACAUCAACUGACUUUAACCAUGCCUCCAGUGAUCGGACGUGAAGGAGAUUCAGUCCAGAUCAAAUGCCCUUAUGAUGAAAAACACUCAACAGGAAUGUGUCUGCGCAGUGGAACGUGUUUGAGUAAAGAAGUAAAGAAUCUGUGUAAAGGAAAGUGUUUCACUGAAGAUGCUCAAAUUAUCAUUCAGUCAGAUAAAGGUAAUGUUAAAAACCCAAAGAUUUCAGUAAAGGACGACACUGAACUCAGUCUCUUCACUGUGACCAUGACUGAGCUGAGAGCAGAGGAUGCUGGGAAAUACUGGUGUGCAGUGAAAGAUGUGUUUAAUCUUCACAUUGAGCUCAUGAUCAUCAGGAAGGACGCGGUCGGUCAUGAAGCGUCUGUCGGAGGAUCAGUGUCCAUCAGCUGGUCUGAUCUGAGGAUCGUUCUUCUGGGUAAAACAGGAUCAGGAAAAAGUGCAACAGGAAACACUAUACUAGGAAGAAAAGCCUUUGAAGUUGAUGAUUUUAUCAAAUCUACCAAUACAUUGUGUGAGAAACAGGUAGGAGUGGUUGGUGGAAAGACCAUCUCUAUAAUAGACACUCCCGGACUGUUUAACACAGCUAUGGAUAAACAACAAGUGAAAGCUGAAAUAGAAAAGUCUACAGAGAUGUCCUCUCCUGGUCCUCAUGUGUUUCUGCUGGUGCUAAAGCUGGGAGUGAGAUUCACAAAAGAGGAGAGAGACACGGUGCAAUGGAUUCAGGAGAACUUUGGAGAAGAAGCUUUGCACCGUACCAUCAUUCUGUUCACUCACGCUGAUCUGCUGAAGGGAAAACCUCUGGACGAGUACAUUGAGAAAAGCAAAUAUUUACUGAAAAUUGUUGAGAGCUGUGGAGGCAGAUAUCACUCAUUCAACAAUGAGGACAGAAACAAUCAAGAUCAGGUCACAGAACUUCUGAAGAAGAUCAACUCAGUGAUGAAGAAAAAUAAAAUGAUGCAUUACAGUUUUGAGAUGUUUAAAACCACUCAGAUGAAGAAGGAAGGAAAAUGGGCAAAGACAUGUGCAGUUGCAGUUGCAGGGCUUGGAUUUCUAGGAGCAGUUACAAUAGUAGGCAUGAUAUCUGCUAACAGAGCAGCUGCAGGAAGUGCAAAAGAAACUUCAGAAAAAGCAGCAUUAAAAGCUAUAGAUAAAGUUUUAGCUGCUAUAGAAAAAGCAGUGAAAACUACAGGAGAAACGGUUACAAAAAAAGCAGUAGCAGCUGUAGAAAAAGCAGCAGAAGAAGCUGCAGAAAAUGCAAUAAUGACUUCAAAAGAAGUAGGAUUAGAAUCUGUAGAAAGGGCUUUAUUUGCUAUAGAAAAAACAGUAGAAGCAACAGGAGAAGCAGUUACAAAAAAAGCAGUAGCAGCUGUAGAACAAGCAGUAAAAACUGCAGGAGAAACAGUUUCCAAAAAAGCAGUAGCAGCCGUAGAAAAAGCAGUAGAAACUGCAGGAGAAGCAGUUAUGAAAAAAGCAGCAGCAACUGUAGAAUAUGCAGUAGAAACUGCAGCAGAAACAGGUACAAAAGAAGUUGCAGCAACUGUGGAAAAAACAGUUAAAACUGCAGGAGAAACAGUUACAAAAAAAGCAAUAGCAAUGGUAGAAAAAACAGUACAAAUUGCCGGAGAAGAAGUUACAAAGAAAGCAAAAGAAACAGUAGAAAAAGCAGUAGAAACAGCAGGAGAAGCAGUUACAAACACAGCAGUAGCAGCUGUAGAAAGUGCAGCAGGGACAGCAAAAGGAGUAGUUACAGGUCUGUCAGCAGUAGCAGCAGCAGCAGCGGCCCGGUCUGCAGCAGCCGCAGGGAAAGUGGCCUCAUCUGGAAGAGUAGCGAUAGUAGCUGCUGUAGCUGCAGCAUUUGGAGGAGCAGCUGUUACACUAAUAUCAGCCCUGAAACGGUAA